AUGAAGAGAUACCUCAGCAGCUCGGAGCGCGCCGGCCUCGCCGCCAGCUUGCAUCUCACCGAGACGCAGGUCAAAAUAUGGUUCCAGAACCGAAGGAACAAAUGGAAGAGGCAGCUGGCUGCUGAAUUAGAAGCCGCGAAUAUGGCGCACGCCGCGCAGAGGUUAGUGCGAGUCCCGAUUCUGUACCACGAAUCGAGGCCGACGACGAUGCCGCAUACGCCCUUGCCCCUACAUCCUCAGUUUUCGAACGAGUCCGGCGUGUACUUCCCCCCGCAAGCGCCGCAGCAGCUGCAGCCGCUGCCCGCGUCGCCGGUGACGUCUCGAGCGCCGCUGUCCAGUCUAGUGUAGUGUCCGCUUGAAGCCGCUCGCAGAUCCGACGCGGCGGCCGGACAGUUCUAGAACCGCGGACUAGUCAUAUUCGUGUUGUGAGUGUUAACGAACUUUAGUAUCUAUGUAGUAAGAUGUAACGUACAAAUUCGUUGUCAUUGCACAUUGUAUAUUAUGUAAAUAGCAAAUUUUUAAUCCUCAUAAGCGCUAGCCAAUUGUAAAUAAUUAGUCGCAAUUUGAAAAUGACUGUGCUUUUCGUGUAAGAUAUAUUUAAGCUUAAAUUUAUAACUUAUUUCUAAUAUUUAACUGUUACGCUUUGCCAAAUAUUUAGUCAAUAAUUUCAAAUUGUUUUAAAACUUUGUCUUUCGAUACACUUACGGCAAAAGUAUAAACCAUAUUUAUUUUUGUACUGGCAAGUGUUGCAGAGACGUCAAAAAUUAUGAUAUGUAUUUCAAAAUAAAAAGGUUUUAUUCUUGAUGAAAAUAUAGCCGUUUUAUAGAGAAUCCUAUAGUUAAAUGAAUCAUAUUUGUUAAUACAUUUACUAUUGUAUUCUUUUUUUUAUAUGUACCAAUUGCAUAAAAAGUAUGCUUUACACUUUUGGGGUAAAUUUCAUUGUAUCACGGCUAUCUAACAUUUAUUAUAUUAUUUCAAUAUUUCAAACGUCUAGCGUUUAAAUAAUAAAUAAUAUAGAGACGAAAAAAACUACUAAAAAAAAAGAGUUGUCUCCGAACCGUUGCGACGGUUACGUUUUUUUCCAAGCUAGCAACCCAAGGACUAGGAAUAAAUUUGUAUAGUGUUGCCAUAUUGUAUUUGUAAUUGCUAGUUUAAGAGCGCUAUUCUAAAUAUCAAAGUUAUUUAUUGAUAGUAGAUGACUAUCUUCGCGAAUUACAUUGUAUUGUUGUAA